CUGUCUCCAUACUGGAGUGCAAUGGUACGAUCUCUGCCUCCCAGGUUCAAGGGAUUCUCCUGCCUCAGCCUCCCGAGUAGCUGGGAUUACGGGCGCGCGCCACCACACCUGGCUAAUUUUUUUUAUCUUUAGUAGAGACGAGGUUUCACCAUGUUGACCAGGCUGGUCUCGAACUCCUGACUUCGUGAUCCACCCGCCUCAGCCUCCUAAAGUGCUGGGGUUACAGGCGUGAGCCACUGUGCCCGGCCAGCUCUGCCACUUUCUAGCUGUGUGAUCUCUAAAAUGAGAGUGCUAACAGUUGCCUACUUUUUAAAGUGUUGUAUGAAUUAAGUCGUAAGACACUUGGAACAAUGCUUAGCACAAAAUAAUAUCAAACGCAGGGACAUUUUAUUUGUUUUCUGUUACCCAAAGGCAUACAUUACGAAAUAUAUGGAUGCUCGCUGGAGAAACUGGCACAAUCUAGAAAGCGCUGUUUUCCCCGUUUGUUUUUCUUGGUGUGUAUGGAGUGAGUGCCAAAAAGCCUCAAGUAACCUUUUUUUAUCUCCAGGUUUUGGAGGGUUCUGGAAGUAAACAUCAGAGUUCGCCAUAGCCAGGCGCUGUUGAGUUGCUGCCUUGCUCUUAUCUAGGGGUCUAGAUUGCCUUCUCUGCAACCCCCGCCCCUCUGCGCUCCCGCCUCCCCCUGCGCCCCACCCCCACCCCGUGUUCUCGUCCACGCCCCUGUUCCCGCGCCCUCGCCCCCGUUCUCGUGCCCCGCCCCUCCCCCCGUGGUUGCAAUAACAGACUUAGAGGUCUGGACAAUUCAAGUAGGAAACAAGUCUCGCUUAUCCAAGUUCUCGCAGGAUAAAAUUUGUUAGGAAGGAUUUCACAUGGUUUCUCUUUAUCAGAAAGUUGUUAGGGACUUUUAAUCACAGAAUUGGCCUCGGGUGCCCACGCUCUAGUAUUGAAAUGGCGCUUUUGGGACAAAGAAGCAACAUCCGUGGGAGUGGAAAGCGAUAGUCCUGACUCCGGAAGUGUUACAAUUAGGCGCCAAGUUCACAGGCGCGAAGUUCAAAUUUGGCUUGUGACGACUGUGAUAGGUGGGUACAGGGGAGCGCGGGCGAGCACACGUGAAUUCCUGCCGCCCCCUAGGUCUGGGCACUAUAAAGGGGCCUGCGCCUGGCGUUGUUCAUCGCAGUUGCUCGGGAUCUUUGCACAUACUCCAUGAGCAGUUAGAGCUGAGCUGCUUCCGGCCACGCCAGAGGCUGCAACACCAGACAUGGAUGGGUACAAAGAAGAGCUGCCCCGCUUGCAAGAGCCGGAGGACGAGGAUUGUUACAUCCUUAGCGUUCAGUCAAGCAGUGAUGACACCAAUGGGUCUUCUGUGGCCAGAAGAGCUCCAAGGAGACGGGUCAGUUGCAUCCUUAAUGUCCGGUCAAGGAGUGGUGACACCAAUGGGUCUUCUGUGGCCAGAAGAGCUCCGAAGAGACAGGCGAGCUCCGUGGUAGUGAUUGACUCUGAUUCUGAUGAGGAAUUUCACACCUAUGAGGAGAAGAAAGCUAAGUUAUUGGAAAUAAACAGCAACGAUGAGAGUCCAGAGUGUUGUCAUGUGAAGCCUGUCAUCCAGGAACCUCCAAUAGUUAUUAGUGAUGAUGACAAUGACGACGACAACGGUAAUGAUGUGGAAGUUCUCUACGACAACAGCAAUGAUUUGAAAGCUCCCGACGACAACAGUGAUGAUUCGGAUGUUCCCAACGACAGCAGUGAUGAUUCGGAUGUUUCCGACGACAGCAGUGGUGAUUCGGAUGUUUCCGACGACAGCAGGGAUGAUUCGGAUGUUUCCGACGACAGCAGUGCUGAUUCGGAUGUUUCCGACGACAGCAGUGAUGAUUCGGAUGUUCCUGACAACAGUGAUGAUUCGGAUGUUACCGACGACAACAGUGAUGAUUCGGAUGUUCCCGACAACAAGAGUGAUGAUUUGGAAGCUCCCGACAACAAUAGUAAUGAUUUGGAAGUUCCUGUGCCAGCAGAAGAUUUGUGUAAUGAAGGCCAAAUUGCCUCAGAUGAAGAAGAGCUGGAUGAGGCUGCUGCUGCUGUCUCCCAGCACCAUUCAUCUGAUGAUGCUGGUGAGCAGGAUCUUGGUGAGAAUCUCAGCGAACCACCAAGUGAUCCUGAGGCUAACCUUGAAGUUUCAGAGAGAAAGCUGCCAACUGAGGAAGAGCCUGCACCUGUGGUGGAACAAUCAGGGAAAAGGAAGUCAAAACCCAAAACUAAUGUGGAGCCACUGAGGAAAAGGCAGACAAAGACCGAAAAUAUAGUGGAGUCUCUGAGGAAGAGGAAGGCAAAAACCAAAAAUGUAUCUGUGACACCUGGACAUAAGAAGUGUGGGCCUUCAAAGAAGAAACCCGGUGCGGCAAAAGUUGGAAAACGCAAGACUAGGACUCCUAAGUGCAAAGUCCCUGGAUGUUUCUUGCAUGACCUUGAAAAGUCAAAGAAAUACUCUGGAAAAAAUUUAAAGCGAAAUAAGAAUGAGUUGGUUCGGAGAAUCUACGACCUGUUUAACAGAUCCGUCUGUGAUAAAAAGCUGCCAGAGAAACUACGGAUAGGCUGGAAUAACAAGAUGGUGAAAACUGCUGGCUUAUGCAGCACUGGUGAGAUGUGGUACCCAAAGAGGCGGCGCUUUGCCAAGAUCCAGAUUGGCUUGAAAGUCUGCAACUCUGCAGACCGAAUCCGGGAUACCUUGAUCCAUGAACUGUGCCAUGCUGCUUCCUGGCUGAUUGAUGGUAUCCGUGAUUCUCAUGGUGACGCAUGGAAGUAUUAUGCCAGGAAAUCCAACAAGAUACACCCGGAGCUGCCCAGGGUCACCCGUUGCCAUAACUAUAAGAUUAACUACAAGGUCCAUUAUGAAUGUACUGGGUGCAAAACGAGGAUUGGCUGCUACACCAAAUCAUUGGACACCAGCCGCUUCAUCUGUGCCAAAUGCGAGGGGUCUCUGGUCAUGGUGCCAUUAACUCAGAAAGAUGGGACCCGUAUUGUGCCCCACGUGUGACCAUUUGCUGUGUAUGUGCAGAAGUAUUAUAGAAAAAUUAUGCAGGAGAUGGCUAGGAUUAGCCUUGGGGAUGUGAUGAAAACAUUUGGCAGGAAUUACAAGGCAGUGAAAAAUUCUUAAGGUUAUCUGAGAGUGUAUUCAUGUGAGCUAUAUCCUUUACUGGUAAGAAGUUUUAGAAAAGUUUGUUUUGUGAAAUUAGGAAUAUUAGAAUUUAGGUACUGUUAAGUAAGUAAUAUUAGAAUUUAAGGUUCAUGUUAUUAAUGAUGAUUGACCUUAACCAGGGACUCUAUUGCUAACCAUUCUGCGCCCUUGACAGGGUAUUUCUGAAGCCCUUGGGAUCUACCUUGGGUUUUACUUGAGUUCCAUAUUUUUCACACGUAGGACAAAAUGCAAAAGAAAAGUGAGUUUUCAAGAGUGGCAGGUUGAGAGAAAGAGGAGAAUGCUGGAAAGAGGACAAGUUUGAGAGGCAACACUUAAACACCAGGGCUACUGUGACAUCUAUGUAGACAGGAAAGACAAAUGUGUUUCAUAAAAUUCGUUGCUGAUGGUAUUGAUUGAACCUAUCUGAGCCAUGUAAUCAAAAAAUAAAAGUUUUCUGCAUCUCG